AUGGGCUUUGUCGCGAACACCGUCCUCUACAUCAGCUCCCUCAUCAUCCCUCCUCUUGCUGUUUACCUCAAGAAGGGCGCCACAAAGGACCUUGCUAUCAACACGGGUUUCACCAUCCUCGGCUGGGUUCCCGGCAUGCUUCAUGCCUUUCAAGAUGCUUCCCGCCAAGACGAUAAGCAUGCUCGGACGGUUGGGCUCUUCAAGGCAGCAUGA